AGCUAUCUACUUUCCGUAGGGUUGACUCACAAGUAAAAAAGAAAACAGAGCCGACAGAGUAGUUGGGAAACAGAUCUAUCUACAAAGCUAUGGUGAGAUUGUCUUUCCGAAUAGCUGCGGAGAAAGGUUUGGGGAAGAAGAAGAUGAAAAGAUCAAAGGCCAAACGGAAUAUAAGAGCCCUUUCCAAGCCUGAUUCGAAACCCGUUGCCGUUGUCAUCCCGGAGCUUCCUCGGGAUGUGCUGAUGCAGAUCUUGGCGAGAUUGCCGGCAAAUUUAUUGAUGAGGCUCAAGUGCAUGUCAAGGCUUUGGUAUUCCAUGAUCUCAUCUCCUUAUUUUGCUAAUCUUUUCCUUAAAACUCCAUCGCACCUACGUGAACGUCGUUUGUAUUUAGUGGAACAAGAUGCUCAAGGCAACUACGAAUUGUACUCAAUAUUGUCUGAGAAAGAUCCUAUAAAAGUCUACCGAUUCGACCACGUGACCAUACCAGGAAUGGGAGGACACGUGACAAUACAUGGAAUGGGGGGAGGGUGCUUGGUGAACGCUCUUGGGGGAUUGAUGUGUUCCAGAAUCGGGACAAGAGUACGGAUCUGUAACCUCACAACCAAGCAGCAAGUGGAGUUGCCAUUAGUUCUAUCGGGAGAUGAUUCCAAUAUGUGGAACCACUUUGGAUAUGAUCCUAUUCAGGAGGAAUACAAAGUGAUUAGCCUAACUUGGGAGAUGGCACAAGAGCGAGUUGUGAGAUCCGACCAUCACGUUUUGGUGCUUGGCCCUGGAGCUUCUUGGAGGAGAAUCACCCAAAGCUUCCCACCUCAUCGUCCUUACUCUCAAGGUAUCUCUAUCGACCGCCAUUUGUAUUAUGGGGCCUGGGCGGCUGAUAAAACAUGUGUUGUAGUGAGUUUUGACAUGACUUCCGAGACGUUCAUUUUGAUUAAAUUACCUGUUGAAGCUGGCAUCGUCUGGGACACGCGUGCCACUAAUCUAAUGAACUAUAGAGGAAAACUUGCUGUCUUUGACUACUCAUGUCUCGAGAGGCAAGAUAGGAUGGAUCUGUGGGUUUUUGAAGACGAUCAUCAAUUGUGGACUAAGAAGAUUUUUUCUCUACCUAUCUCAGACCUCUAUUUUACUAACUUCAUGGGUGACUUGUUCGUUCAAGGUACCAGUCAUGAAGGGGAAGAUGCUAGGAAGGAGAAGGGAUCAGGGGACAUGAUCGGAGAAGAUAGACGGAGAAGGAGAGAGGAAGAGAGAAAUGGAAGAAGCAUUGCGUAAAGAAAUAACAAGAAGGACAGAGAGGAUUGAGAAGAAUGGCGUUGUAUAAAAAGAGAGUUUUUAUUUUCUUUUUAUUUUGGUCAACAAACAAACAACCCAUUGUUAAAAAAUCCAAUUAAUAAUAAUAAAAUUGUGUUGCUAUAUUUA